UUCAGCACUCUCGAACCCUAACCUCAAUGUCCGGCAACAGCAAAGGCAAUAACCGUAGCCGUGGAAGCAAAGUCCCGUGAAGCAAGUAACCCUCGCCGUCCUUGUGGGAGAAGGAGAACUCGACACCGCAGUAAUCUCUGGCUGACAUUGGCGACGCUCUGCUAAAGGCGAAACAGCAGACAAUAGCAUCAUGGUUUAUUGAGGGCAAGCUGAAGACUCGUGAAACUGGAGGAGGAUCGCAAUCAAGGGAUGCUACGUGGUGUGAGUAACGUAGUUGGGCCUUCAUCUAGCGACUUUAAUCCAAAAACAAUCUUAACUCACCCGGAAAUAAAGAGAACUUAUGAUAGGUUUGUGUCCAUGGUGGGAGAGGAACUGCUUUCCCUUCAGUCUAGGUUGUUGCAUGGGAGUAAGAAUGAAGAAGAGGAAGAAAAUGUUGGAUCAGAAAACUCAGAGAAAGAGGAAGAUCAGGAAGAUCAGGCUGGGUUAAAAAGGUCAGAGGAAGGGGAAAAAAUGCAGAAAUUGAGCAAUCUGUGUGGGAGAAGUCAGAGGAAGAGGAAGAAAAUGAUCGAGUUGGAUCAGAAAAGUCAGAAGAAGAGGAAGAAAAUGAUCAAGUUGGGUCAGAAAAGUCAGAAGAAGAGGAAGAAGAGAGUGAAUCGGAAGUAAAGGAAGUACUUACCUGGUGAUCAAGUGUUGCCUUUACUACGUGGUAAUUGGUGAAGCAAGAGGAAGAAAUAGACCUCAACCAUAUAUUUAUUUUGUAUUUUGAAACUUAACUGAUAAUCAUUUUAAUGACAUCAUUGUAUAAUCAUCACUUUAUAGUUCAUGUGUAUUAACAUGACUCAGUGGUAAAUGAAAUAUUUUUUGUUUUUUUUGGUGGUAUUCAUGUGUUCUGAAAUGAAUUUAUGAAACCGUAUUAUAUUA